AUGGCUCAACGAGCAAUAAAAAAUGUGAAAGAAGACGUAUUGAAGUGUCCCAUAUGCUUGGAUCCAUAUACAAACCCACGGAUGUUACCUUGCGAACACACAUUAUGUCUGGAAUGUUUGACUGAAUACAUAACAGUAGCACGUAGUAGUUUGGGAACUUUUAAUUCAUUUAUGUGUCCAACAUGUAAAGAUAAUAAUCAAAUUGAUCCUAAAAUGGACAGUGACAAAGUUGCAAAGACAUUUCCCGUAAGUACGUUCUUGGAAGCUAUAAACCAAGCAAUAAACCAGCAUGAAUUACCUGAACUUUCUUGUGAUAUUCAUGGCAAACGACCAAUGGAGUUUUAUUGUUUUACUGAUCAUUUACCUUUGUGUUCACACUGCUUAUUUAAAAACCAUAGAAAUCAAAAGUGCGAGGUAGUGGCUGUAAACGAGUGUUUUGAAAGAAAAAAAUAUCAACUUGAGGAAAUGAAACAGAAACUUGUCAAUCAGAUUAAAGAAAUGGAUGAAGUUGUAUUAUGUUCAUAUAAAAGGAAAACGCAUAAGGAAAGUAUUAAGCAAGCUAAACUCGUUUUGAACAAAAUGCAGUCGGACCUGGCAGUCUUCUACCUUAAUGCUGGGAAUGAAAUUGAUAAUGUGAAAAGGGCACUUGACAAUGUGCCAUAUAUAGAAGACAACACCGAGGAUGAAGAAAUAAGGACAUUAAAAAUAGAAGUGGAAGAAACAAAGAAUAGGCUGGAAAAAAUUGAUAACGGUCUUAAUUUUUGUGUUCAUUUUGACAAUAUAAAAAGUCGAUGUGAUGACUUAAUAUCAAAAUAUAAACCGUUGAAGGAAAAGAGUGAAACAAAUUCCAAAGUGGUAUUUGUUCCAAAGUACUAUAUAAGUUCUAUAGUAAGGAAACCAAAACCAUUAUUGGGAACAAUCAAAAGUCAAGGGCAUGAGAUACCGCUAUCUGAUUACACUGUAUAG